AUGGCUAAAGGUUUAGAAAGUUUCAAAUUACCAUUGAAAUGGAAACCGGGUGCUGAUCUCAUGAGCAAAAUGCUAUUAAGCGAUCCAGAAAUAAUGCGUAUAAUUAUUCACUCUCUUAUUGGUGUAGAUGUUCCUCCUGAUAGCUACUCAGUAGUCCCAACUGAGUGGGCUGAUACUAAAGGUGUAUAUACCCUGUAUGCCUCACAAAACACGAGUAAUGAAAAAUUCAUUUCAGUACUUGUUGCUAUUCAAGAGGAAGUUAACCAAACUACAAUUUUGGAAACCAUCGAACGCUCAACGUUGGUUUAUGAGAAUUUUAGAAUCUUACCCACAGUUUUGGUCAUUUCUAUCAAAAGCAGCUCUAGAUUAAAGAACGAUGGAGAAUUUAGUGUUGCUGAUGUUUCAUUUUUGAUGCAAUGUGAAUCUAACCAACAUGAAUACAACUAA